AUGACGGUCUCUCAAGUAACCAAAUAUCACAUCCAUCCUGUCACAAAACUGCCUACCCGGCGAACAGAGAUAAAGUCGGAAGACGGGACAGGACAGAAACUAUAUUAUUACGACCCUGUUUGUGAUUUUUGCAAAGCGAAGAAAAUUGCUUGUCAUCACCGAGACAUUUACGAUGAGUUCGGUAGGCUUGUCAAGAGGGGUGAAACGCCCCCAAAACUAGAUGGUCCGAAACCAGCUUCCGGCCAGGCAAAGAAGGCUGCUUUGAAAAUACAAAUAAAGACCUUCGGGAACGGUAGCGAAAAGUCAUCAGAGACGUCAACAGCCUCCCAGCGCCCUCGCCGAGCGAAUGCUGGCAAGAGAAUGCUCGAUGAUGUCUCAAUCGAAAGCGCUACUGAGAAUGAUUCGAAGCGUCAGAAAACAGAACAAAAGAAGCCAGGACGCAAGCCACGUCGCAGUACUCCGAUCUCGAUUGAAGACACUGAAGCAGAGCCACUUUCAGCAUCAUCUCCUGCAACGGAGCCAUCCGUUACCCCUCUCGUGACUCAACAACUGCGUGGUGGAAAUCUCGAUAAUUCCAUGGACUUGGCAUGGUACAGAGGCAUGACCAGUCUUCUCGAGAAACGCAUCAAUGAUACUACACAGAAAUGGAAAGUCUUGAAACAAACCAUUGACCAAGCUGAGGAGCAGUGGGAAGAAGUGCAACAGUCAAUGCAGAGUACAAAGAACUUCAUGAAUGAAUGGACUUCACGCUUUGCAAGGAGUGAUGCCUUUACACUUUAG